GCCAAUCACAGGCCGGAACGCCCUUGACAUGUUAAUGCACACAGUGUGCAACUCUUGACUCAACGUCAUUCACAGUCAACGCUUCAUCGCAGCUACGACGUGUCCGUAAAAAGAGGGUGAGGCAGCGCUGCUAAUUAAACAUUCCAGUUUUAAAUACUGUCCUAGAAUCUUCCUUCUAGAAUUGUCAAUAUGCGUGAAUGUAUCUCAGUCCAUGUCGGCCAGGCCGGGGUCCAGAUGGGCAAUGCCUGCUGGGAGCUGUACUGCCUGGAGCACGGCAUCCAACCUGAUGGUCAGAUGCCAAGUGACAAGACCAUCGGAGGUGGUGACGACUCCUUCAAUACCUUCUUCAGCGAGACUGGUGCUGGUAAACAUGUCCCUCGCUGUGUCUUCGUCGAUCUGGAACCCACCGUUGUCGAUGAGAUUCGCACCGGCACCUACCGUCAGCUCUUCCAUCCUGAGCAGCUGAUCACAGGUAAGGAGGACGCCGCCAACAACUACGCCAGAGGUCACUACACCGUGGGCAAAGAACAUAUUGACGUGGUUAUGGAUCGCCUUCGAAAGCUGGCCGAUCAGUGCACGGGUCUCCAGGGUUUCCUCAUCUUCCACAGCUUCGGUGGAGGCACCGGCUCUGGCUUUACCGCUCUGCUCAUGGAGCGUCUCUCCGUCGACUACGGCAAGAAGUCCAAGCUGGAGUUUGCCAUCUACCCGGCUCCUCAGAUCUCGACGGCUGUAGUCGAACCCUACAACUCUAUCUUGACAACCCACACCACCCUGGAGCACACUGACUGCGCCUUCAUGGUCGACAACGAGGCCAUCUACGACAUCUGUCGUCGCAACCUAGACAUCGAACGUCCGACUUACACAAACCUCAAUCGUCUGAUUGGUCAGAUUGUGUCCUCCAUCACUGCAUCUCUUCGCUUUGACGGUGCCCUGAAUGUCGACCUAACUGAGUUCCAAACCAACUUGGUGCCCUACCCACGUAUCCACUUCCCUUUGGCCACCUACGCUCCUGUCAUCUCUGCUGAGAAGGCCUACCAUGAGCAGCUGACCGUUGCUGAGAUCACCAACGCCUGUUUCGAGCCAGCCAAUCAGAUGGUGAAGUGCGAUCCUCGUCACGGCAAGUACAUGGCCUGUUGUCUGCUGUACCGUGGUGAUGUCGUCCCCAAGGAUGUCAACGCUGCCAUAGCAACCAUCAAGACCAAGCGCACCAUCCAGUUCGUCGACUGGUGUCCAACUGGCUUCAAGGUGGGCAUCAACUACCAGCCACCUACCGUCGUGCCUGGCGGUGAUCUGGCCAAGGUGCAGCGUGCUGUCUGCAUGCUAAGCAACACCACUGCCGUAGCUGAGGCCUGGUCUCGUCUGAACCACAAGUUCGAUCUGAUGUACGCCAAGCGUGCUUUCGUCCACUGGUACGUCGGGGAUGGUAUGGAAGAGGGCGAGUUUACUGAAGCCCGAGAGGAUCUGGCAGCCUUGGAGAAGGAUUACGAGGAGGUUGGAACAGACUCAGUGGAGGAAGGCGAAGACGAAGAUGGGGCGGAGGAGUAUUAGAACUAGUCUAAUGCUUAUGAUUCAAGAUUGGAAUUGUGCAAGGAAAAAUUAUCCACCUCAGCUGUUAAACCCCAAAAUAAGCAAAGAACUUUUGGAAAUAGUGGUAAAUUUCACAAGAAGAACUCUGAAAACGUGGAAACAUACUGGUAACAAUUAUUACCAAGAUCGUGUCGCUCAGUUUUCACUUUCUGUCGCCUUAAAAUUCUACAUUUGUGGGCUCUUGAGUCCCGUGGCUUUCGAUGAAUGUUAUAAGUGCGCAGAACGAGUUGCAUAUUAAUUACAAAACAAUCGCCACACAGUUCCACUCCGAUUUGUAUUAAUGUCAUUCCUCUAAGAUUGACCUGAUGACCUCGUCAUACCUAGAUUUGCCUGAAUAUUCUUCCUUUCAAUAUUAAUUCGUUCAUAUAAGUUUCUUUUGCCCUUCUACUCUAUAUUCCCAUAUUCUCAGGUUAUGUCUACAUUCAAAAACGCUGAUUUUGUCUCUAUUGAUAUGGUUUCAUGUUGAAAUUUUAGGCCAUAGAGAUCCUCGAGAGGUCUUUACCCUCACUGUAAGAUGGACAAGAUUUAUCUACUCAUAGCCAUUGCACAACAAGCACAGUUUUAUGUAGCGCACUGUAAGGAUAACGCACAUGUACUGCCAUUGUUCUACGAGCCAGGCAACUAUAGCAAAAAAGGUAAUGCCAUACACUUCUUAGUUUAACAAGCCAGGCAAUCAAAAAUUCAACGCCAGAACAAAAAGGUUUAAUUGACUUUCAUUUAAUUUCUCAGUCUGUUAUCUGCGACCUUUAUGAUAGUUUCGAACAUGGUUAAAGGACUUCACGCCCCUUCCGAUCGUUUUAGCUCCACCCCUGCCGAGUGUCCAUUCUUAUAUCGCUGUACUGUACAUGUGCACGCAAGGUGUACAGCUUGUCUGUUGAACGGAAAGAUCUCAAAUCCAACAACCCCGCUAUUCCCGUCUUCUUUGCUCAUAAAAAUGCGGAAUUAUGUUUAAUCAGAUGUUCAAUAAUUGUUGUAUGUGAGACUUAGUUUAUAAAAACAUCUCAAAGAAUUGUGACACCUGGCAGUACAAAAUCUCCAAGAAAUCAUCUCAAUAUACACAUCUUGGUGACUCUACAUCUGUUUCCUCCAUCUCUGCCACUGUUGACAUGUCUUCAUCUACACGUUCAAAACACAGAUGAUAGUACCGUAUGGAAUCAACGACUACAAGCUGUGGUCGGACUUGCUCUGAUUCACCGCCUUCAUGGUUCAACGCACUAAAAGCUGUGACACAAGCCAUCAAUCUCUCCACAAAAUGCACGCAGGCAUAAUUAUGAUUUUAAUCAGCGUUAGUCUGGGAGUCUUGACACGUCACACAAAUAAGCACCACAGAUGUGGAAACAGAAUGUCAGACAUCAUCUAAUUACUUUUAUUUCAAUGGACAACCGAAAUAUUCCAGACACCACGAAGUAAAUGUAUUUCCUCGACGCCGCCAUUUUGUAAAAGAUAGAUGGUUGAGACGGUUGUGUGUUUAUGUUCAAGGUCCCUUCACAAAAUAAAUGGAAAUACACUACAAAUAAGA